CUGAAGAAGCACCUCCGUUGGUUGCGUGUUUUACCCCGUAUUGCACCGUUCUAUGCAGUGAAGUGCAAUGACAGCAGGGCUGUCGUCACGACACUGGCGUCUCUGGGAGCCGGGUUCGACUGUGCGAGCAAGACCGAGAUCCAGAUCGUGCAGUCUGUGGGUGUGGAGCCAAGCAGGAUCAUCUACGCCAAUCCCUGCAAGCAGGUGUCUCAGAUCAAAUACGCCUCUGCUCAUGGAGUGCAGAUGAUGACGUUUGACAGUGAAGUGGAGCUCAUGAAGGUGGCACGAUGCCAUGACAAUGCCAAUAAUCUCUUGCAGAAACCCAAGCCUGACGAGCGCAUGUACCCAUGCAGUAUUUGGGGCCCGACCUGUGAUGGGCUGGACCGGAUCGUGGAGCAGUGCAGCCUGCCUGACAUGCAGGUGGGCGACUGGCUGCUGUUUGAGAACAUGGGUGCCUACACUGUAGCCGCGUCUUCCACCUUCAAUGGCUUCCAGAAACCUGAUAUCCAUUACAUCAUGUCCCGCACAGCCUGGCAGUGCAUGCAGCAGAUCCGUGCUCGGGGGAUUCCACUUCCUGCGGAGGAGCUCUGUGCUGGAAGUGUGCCAUCCCACUGUGGACACGAGAGCACAUUGGAUGUGCCAGCCAAGCCGUGCCCUACCCAAGUGCUGUGAUGCUCUUCAAUGCUGACUCCCAGAGCGAGAGCCAGUCCUCAUUCAGACAGCGGUUUAUCAUGGUUCUCCACUGAUUUACACCCAAACCCUGUCUUGAGGUCCACCACAUCCAAAUAUGUGCUGUUGAAUAACAAUAGCUAAAUUUCUAUUCUAAAUGCAGCUGUUUUUCCUCCAUUUGUAUAAGUUCCAAAUGCUCAAACCUGAAAGACGCACAAAAACGCUCACAGGCCUGUGGCUGUAUAUUUCUUCUUUUUUUUUUUUUGCCAUACUUGUAAAAUGGGGCCAGAUUCUUAA